AACAAAAAACAGCAACAAGUCGCCUGGCAGCAGGGAGUUACAGUAGGAUGGUGCUUGUUUAGUUUCGGUUUCUGACUGCACACCGGCCCUCAUUCGCAGCGCAAACAUCUCGAACCUUCCUUGAGCGCUCGCGGCCUGAACAUGGCGAUCGCGAGCGUCGCUACGGAGUAUGUGUUCUCCGACUUCCUGCUGAAAGAGCCGCGCGCUGAGGGCGGGUAUAAGGGCGCGCGCGUGGACCUGGCUCUGGAUAAGCUGGUGCUGUGUAUUGCAGUCGGUCUGCCGCUGCUGCUCAUCUCUCUGGCCUUCGCUCAGGAGGUCUCAGUCGGUACUCAGAUCAGCUGUUUCUCUCCCAUGAACUUUUCCUGGCGGCAGGCUGCGUUUGUGGACGCCUACUGCUGGGCAGAUGUACGGAAACAGGACACGGGGGGACUUCCACUCUCGAUGCAUAAGUUUUUCCCCUACAUCCUCUUAUUCGUAGCCACACUAGUGUACGUCCCAGCCUUGUUUUGGCGAUUCGCUGUGACUCCUGGUCUCUCCUCUGAUUUGACCUUCAUCAUGGACGAGCUGGACCGCUCUUACAACAGAGCCAUCAAACUGGCCAAACAUAUCCACAGCAACUCCACAUACCUCGACACACAGAGCUCUAUGCCAGACCUGACAGACACCAGUUUUAAGUACCCGUUGAUGGAACAGUAUCUGAAGACCAAACGUUUCUCCUGCAGCCUGCUGCUGCGCUAUCUGCUGUGCCGAGUCUUCACCUUCUUGGCUCUGGUCCUGGCCUGCAUCUACCUGUGUUACUACAUUCGGCUGUCUGUAACGGAUGAGUUUCAGUGUAAUAUCCGCUCAGGUUUAUUGUUUAACGACUCGUCCGUGCCUGGAGCCCUGCAGUGCAAGCUAGUAGCUGUAGGUGUGUUCCAGCUCCUCAGUUACAUCAACCUUACUGUGUACUUGCUGCUAGCACCCACAUGUGCAUACGCCAUGCUGGUUCCUCUGAGGAGCUCAGCUGAUUUCCUGAAACCUUACGAGAUGCUGCCCACGCUUGGGGUGAUGGAGUUUGGACCUAAAGCUUGGGAUGAUCUGGCGUUGUACCUGCUGUUUCUGGAAGAGAACCUGAGUGAACUGAAAAGCUACAAGUUCCUGAAGAUAUUAGAGCUCCUGAAGGAGUCUGGAGACGUGCAGUUUGACACCCUGGUCCUGCUGCAGGCUAUGGGUCAGGUUAAAACAGACAUGGUGGAUGGGAAACUGCAGAAGAUCUCGCAGAGGGAUGCAAAUGCAGAGAAGACUGGGAGAAACUGUGUAGAGAUAAAAGAAGCCUCUCCUCUGCUGAUUGUGGACCAAGUCAGGACGUCUCCAGACAACACAGCUGUGCGCCAGAGAGUCGCAUGAUGCUCCAGUGUCACACGGUGCUCCAGUGUCACGUGAUGGUGAUGUGGGCAAAUGAGAUGUCUGAGAUUUCAAAGCACUAAAUAUGAUAAUUUGUGUCUGUGCUCGUGUGUGGAAUUCGGAAAUGCAGUCUUCUCAAAAGAUUUGUAUGACGUGAUCUUGUCAUGGUUGUUGUUGCUAUGUUUACCUCCUUUUUUUUUUUUUUUUUUUUAUAUAAAUAAAGUAGUGAUGCUAUACAACUGUGUGAAUGAGGUGUGUGUGUGUGUGUGUGUGUGUAUGCCAAGCAUGUUAAUGAUGCAUAAUGGUACACUGUUUAUCUUAUCUAGACCUGCAAAACUGACCUACAGAUUAGUUCCUGCGCAGGUUAUUUGGGAAUAGAGAUGAGUUUUGAGUUAAUGAUGCUAGAAAUUUUAUAUUGGUGGUCCUUUAACUCCUUUUAAUAUGGUUUUAUUUAUUUAUUCUUUUUUUUUUUUGAAAGAAAUCAUGUUAAACUGAAUUUCAUAGUAUUUAGGACUUCACAAUAUGAUUACUAAACAACCCAGUAUCAUGGGGUAGUACAGUGUGUCCCUGAUGUGGGUGGAAAACUGAAGCGCAGCAGGCGGGAACUGAUGUUAACAGACUUUUUCUGAGACUUUCUUGGUUGCUUUUCAGCUUUACUGCUCGUUUGUUCUCUUCUCUCUCCCCUCACACACCACACAACCGUAUGCACGCACACUGGUCGGGAGAGAUCCUCUCUCUUUGCUCUCUUUCUUCUUUUCUAUCCUGCCACUGCCAAAACACACACAACAUUAAUCGACAACAGGUGUACUGACUUUGCCACUCGCCUUCCCUGGCCCUGCCCUCCAUUCACAAACCGCCGCUUGGCCACACCCCUGCUGCCUCACAUGGUUUUCAGUAACUCUCUAGUUCCUCGCCCUGUCGCCAUGAGAAGAACCAAUUUAUCAACUAGUUUGUUUUGGGAGAUUUUAGUGUUUGUGUUUUCUAGACCUUGAAUAUUGUUUGGUUUUUUUUCUUGUUUUGGUGUUUGUUUUUUGCUUCUAAUAUUAGCCUGCUGUUUUUUGUUUUGGAGCCUCAGUGAGCCAUAUUGAAAGUGAGCAAAGUGCUAGGCUACUACUGGGAAAGUGUAAUGCAAACUGAAUUGAGGUAAUGUUUAUUGACUGAUAUUUCUGAGAUCAGAUUUCUAUUAUAUUUAGAAAUGCACGCACACUGGUCGGGAGAGAUCCUCUCUUUGCUCUCUUUUUCUUCUUUUCUAUCCUGCCACUGCCAAAACACACACAACAUUAAUCGACAACAGGUGUACUGACUUGACAAAAUUUCAUAUUGUAAAAAUGUACUAUGUGAAUCUUCAGCGUAGAGCUCCUGUAAAUAUCUUUAUGAGACACAUUCAUGUCUUGCAGUCUUAUUUUAUAUGCCAGAAAUUCACAUCUCUUUUUAAGAGGCUUGCACUUAAAACUUAGUUGUUCAUCAAAACUGUUGAGGCAAAAAUGGUGAUCUUGUACAUGGUUGUUGUUCAUACUUAUUCAUACUUCUUUUUCCUCUCAUUAUCCAUAUUGGUAUAAAAUAAAUAAAAACGGUGUUUGUGCUGUUCAUUCAGAUUAUGAGCAUGUAAAAUGUCAGACUCCGGCCAUGCACUGAUGCUCUGUGCUGUCUCUUAAUACAAUCCAUUUUUAGAGUAUCUUUUGAAAUGAACUGUUUAUCUUGUUGGUUUUGUUCAUUGCAGUUCUGUAUAGCAGAUAACACUUCACGGUACCAUAAACCAGUAUGAGGUAAAUUGCAAUUAUAGUAAUCUGUAUGGAUUAAUAUUUGAUCUCUAGUUUCAUGUGUGACUGUACUGAUUAUGGGUUACAAUAAUGAGAACUGGACAGAAUUUGAAUGUAUUGGAUUACAUUUGCUGCCAACUGUGGCCAUAUUUGUGUGGGUUUUUUUGUUUUUACGAAUGCUUAUGUAUGCAUGGGUUUGUUUUUUAACCACAAAAGAUGCAGGAGUCAUCUUUUUUUUUUUUGUAAUAAAAGUUGUCUUUUUA